AUAUUAAAUGCGUCCAUUCGUCGUUAUAUCGAUCUCUGUUUAAAUUGCUGUCCCAUUGUGUCUACUAUAAAUUUAAAAUAACAUCAACAACCAUUUUCGAAAUUUAUACUCUUUCUAACUUAAUUAAUUCUAAAUUUCUCUAAUUACCCUCGAAUUAAAUUGAUGGAACAAUCAAAGACAGUAGUGAAAAUAGUUCAAGUAUGCAAAGUGGCUCCUUCACCUACUGCUACUGCUACUACUACUACAGACUCACCAAACAUUCUUCCACUUACAUUUUUUGACAUACCAUGGCUAAGAUUUCCACCUGUUCAACGCCUUUUUUUCUACGAGUUCCCAAAUCAAAACACAACUAAUACGACGCCGUUUUUCCACUCAGACAUUCUUCCAAGGCUCAAAGACUCCUUAUCUCUCACUCUCAAACACUUCCUUCCCCUUGUUGGAAACCUCACUUGGCCCCAAACCUCAUACAAACCCAUCUUUGUUUACGACGAAAGAAGCGACGCCGUUUCGCUUACUGUGGCCGAAACCGACGUCGAUUUCUACCGUCUCUCGGGUACAAAUGAAUUUUUAGAAGCCACUGAAUACCAUCCUCUUAUACCAAACUUGGAAGUUUCUCACGAACGAGCUGCGGCUCUGGCUUUGCAAAUCACUCUGUUUCGAAACUGUGGAUUUUCAAUUGGAAUGUCCAUGCACCAUGCUGCCCUCGAUGGAAAAUCUGUUCAGUUGUUUGUGAAAACAUGGGCUGACAUGUGCCGAUCACGUGAUUGUGAUGACGAUGAUCGAUCAAAACCAUUGUAUGACAGAACAGUUAUUAAGGAUCCAAUGGGGCUCGAUUCAAUCUUUGCUAAACAGCUUCGAGAUUUAGACAAUGGACCUGACAAUAGAAGCUUAAUGCCUUGGAGUUUUAAACAAGUUCCCUCUGGUUCAGUUCGGGGCACCUUCCAAUUGACACGUGUGAAUAUCGAAAAACUGAAGCAAAAUCUGAUGACAAAUAAUAUUGAACAAUUACAUUUGUCUACGUUUUCUGUUACGUGCGCUUAUAUUUGGGUUUGUUUAAAUAAAGCAGAAGAAAUAUACCUUAGCAGCCAAAUAAGUGCUCUUGGGUUCACUGUGGAUUCUAGGUCUCACUUAGUGGAUCCUGUGCCCGAAACUUACUUUGGAAACUGUUAUGUGGGCAAGGUAGUUUUUGCAGAUGCAAAACGGUUGGUGGGGAAAGAGGGCUUAGCUGUGGCUGUGAAAGUCAUUGGUGAAUCUAUAAGUAGUUUUGAGAGUAUUAAAGGGUCAGUUUUGAAUGGGGCUGAAAAUUUGGUUUCGAGCUUUAUUGAGUCUUUUUCACGAAGCGAAUAUUCUGAAGGUAUAGCUACAACUCCUAGUAGACCGAUAGUAUACUACAUUGCUGGUUCGCCUGGGUUUGAGGUUUAUAGUAGUGAUUUUGGGUGGGGGAGGCCGAGAAAGACAGAUGUGGUUUCCAUUGAUAGAGCAAGAGCAGUGAGUCUUUCGGAGACUAGAGAAGGAGAUGGAGUUGAAGUUGAGUUGGUUUUGAAAACACAGCAAAUGGAAGCUUUUGCUUCCUUCUUUGCUCAAGGUCUAGAAUAGAUUCCAUCGAUUUCUUCUAAAUCAUCAUGAUGACAAAACCAAUUACAACUACUUUUGAGCAAGAAGCAUGUCAUUUUUUUUUAAAUAAAAUUAUCUCAUACAGAUUAUAUAAUAACAACAAGUAAUUCAUUUUUAAUAGUGUAUAUUUAGUUAUAUGUAUACCCAUUCGAUCCCUUACGCCCAUUUAUUUGAGUUAUUAAUCAAACCCUUGUCUAAUAUCUUAACCUGUAUGAUUUGUCUAGAGCAUAUAAAUGGCACCAAAUCAUCAAAUUGUUUGUCGGUAACCGUAUAUAAGAGGCUUCUUUUCUAAAUAAUUACUUUUAAUUUUUGGUUGCAGAUAAUUUGAAUUUUAAGGGUAAUAAUAAAAAAAAUUAUAUUUUUAGAAUUUCUUAGGUAUUUACUUGUUAAAUAUAAGUUAUUAUCCACGUGUUAUUUUUUUAAUAGUAUAUUUAAAUUAAUUUUUAGAUAAAAAAUAAAAAUUUCAUGACAUGGGCUAAUCAGAGAUUGCCACGUGGCUAUUGACUUAGAAAUUUAACGGACAAGUACUUCUAGAAGUUUCGGAAAUAUAGCUUAAGUAUUAUUACCGUCAAAAAUUAAACUUAGGUAUUUAUCUACAAUCGAAAGUUAAACUUAAGUAUCCAUGUCGCACAUUACUCUAUAUAUUUAUACUAGGACAGUUUCUCCUUAGAGAACAUAUAAUUAAUCUUUUCACCUUUCAUCCCUACCAAAGAACCUUUCGUGAUCCUCAAACUUCCGUGCAUGGACUUGUAUCUGUAUCCUUCGUCCUCGAGUGCAUCCAAGGAUAUGAGGUUUCGUCUAAGGUCCGAGAUGUGUCUUACGUUUGUCAGCACCUUGAUUCUGCCAUUAUACUGUUUGAUGGCCACCUUUCCAGUUCCAAUGACCCUGCACGAAUGAUUAUUACACAUUAAAACUUUACCUCCAUAAAUUGAUUUGUAAUAAAAAAAAAAUGACUCUCGAUUUGGACACAUGUGAUAAGUGCAUCCGGAAUCGAGAAUCCACUCCCUGUUCAUUGACGACUCUGAGAUAGAGAACGGCUCUCCGUCCGUGGAACAAUCGUCACCAUCUUCAAUGAUUGCAAUAGAGUC